ACCAUCGACUUUGGCGUCGCUUCCGUGGGCAUUGGCGCGCACUCCCGCACUCAACGUCUGGGCCCUGCGGACCAUGACCUCGUGGCCUAUGACAUCCCGCUCACGGGCACUCGCCGUGGUUGGCGCUGGCAGCCGCGCCGCUUGCUGGAUGGCGAGAAAAAGUUUGACUGGCGGGCCACGUGGACGGAGGUGGAGGACGACUUUGCCGCGUUCUUGCAGGAGGGCAACACCGAGGCAGCAUGGCGACUUCUGUCGGGCAAGGCCGAGGACGCCUUGGCCUUGGACAGCUCGACCGGCCACGCUGCCAAACCUCCCACCGUGCAGACGCUCCGCGAGCGCAAGCUGCGCAGAGCUGCUAGGCGGCUUGCCGCCGUGCUGCAAAAGGAGCGUGCUGGGCUCAUGGACGUCGACUAUGAGAAGGGCAAGCUCGCUGGCUACCUCCGGCACAUCGCGGACGCGUACCUGGACCUUGGCGACCUCCUGCAAUACCAGGGCGAGGAGCAGCUGGCCUACUUGCAGCACGCGGCUGAGGCGGAGGAAACUAGGGCCAAUCAGGCCCGCUUGGAAGGCUGGAAAGAGAAAGUCAAGACUGACCUCCCGAGACUGUCGCGUUGGGUCAAGGCAUCCUUGGCUGAGCGCCCGACGCCAAUGGCAGACUUUGCGGUCGACCCUGACCCGCAGGCCAAGGCUGAGCAGGCGGCAAAGGUUUGGGGCCAACUUUGGCAUCGUGAUGGGCGACCUCACGGACUUCGGCUUCGUGACCUCCUUGCUCGCCUUCACCUCCCUCGAGCCGCUGCUCCCGAAGUUCAAGUCUCUGGCGAAGUGCUACACCGCCGGGCCAAGGCAUCGGCUCGCAAGGCAGCUGGAAGUGAUGAUUGGUCUGGCAGGCUGUGGCGGGGGCUUCCAUUGGAGUUCUUUGAUUCCUUGGCGGCCAUCUGGAACCUGGUCCUGAAGGGUGCUUCUAUCCCGGCCGCCUGGUUGGGCGCUACUGCGGUGGUGCAACAGUUGGCGGGCUGGAUCACGGCCGUCUUCCCUCCGGACUUGUAUGGCGGCCUUCCCGGUCGCUGCGCUGAAGACAUCCACUUCCGGCUCACGCACGCGCUGUUCGUCCAACGGGCCGGCGGGCCCCUUGCGGGCUGCAAGGCUGACGUCAAGAAGUGCUUCGACACCGCGGACCCCAAGCUGGCCAUCCUGUGCCUCCGCGCAUUGGGCGCCCCGGAGCCUAUGCUGGACGUCAUUGACCG